AUGGCUAAUCGUCGUAUAGAGAAAGGUUCUACCUCAUACCCACCACCGCGGCUCACCGCAUCUCGUAACUACGUCGGAGCCAAAGCAAAAGAGAUCCUCGCAACACACGACAUCACAGGGAUCAAAAAGCUCGUCACUAUCCUCUGUCACGCUAAAGAAACAGAGCAAGAAACAGAGCAUCUCUACAAAACCUUCGCUCACCAUUUCCCAAACAUCUUAGCCGUGAAGCUUCUAAAACUCUACAUGUCCACUAACGAUGCGACGACAAACCCAAAGAUUCGAUCUUUCUCGCUCUCUCUCCUUGCUUCACUUCUCAACGAUCUUGACUACUCAGGGGCAGGUUUGAAAACAGAGUCUUUGAAAAGCAUCAAGACCCAUUUGAAUACUUGUCUUUACGAACUUGAAUCUUCUGAUGAAGACUUUGGAAUCAUCUCAAGAAUCGUAUCUCACGUCGCUGUUGAUGUUUUCAUUGAGAACCAUCCUUGGGAUGAGCUCUGUUCUUAUAUUUUCUCACUAGAUGGGAAUAAAAGAGCUCUCUUGAUGUUUAGUGAGUUGCCUACGCUUCUUGAUGAAGAGUUCUUGAUGCCGUUGUUGGACAAUGGUCUUAGUUCAAAGAUCUUUAAAGCGUUGGACUGUGUUGAUGAAGAGGAGUGGUUGGUAGGUUUGGUAGCUGGGUUUAGUUUGAUGCUUCAGCUUGUGACUCUGAAGAAGGAGAGUUUGGUUAAGGACUUGUUUUACGCGAUUUUGAAUUCGGUUUGGGAGAUGGUUAACGUGAAGAAAAGAGAGAUCGUUGUGCGUAAAGGUUUGCUGAAGAUUGCGAGGAAAGUGGGAAGAGAAGCUUUGAGGUUUCGUGAGCCUGAGUAUGAAGCUGUGGCAGAUUGGGUUAAGAUGAUACAGAAGAUUAGUGGAGUUAGUAAGAUUACGAAGAAGGUUGUGAAGAUGGUUCAAGAACUUCUUGAUAAGUAUUACAUGGGAGGUCAAGUAUCUGGUACUGCUAAUGUUACUGAUACUGGUACUGGUUUGGUUAUUAAUGAUUAG